AUGACUACUGCGAUAGAACAUACGGCCGAGGCCAUAAUUAAGGCUCUGGAGGAAAACGGCGAUGACAAGGUGAAAUUAGCUGGUCUCGAUGUCGACGGAAUCUUGCGCGGGAAAAUGAUCUCGCUGGACAAGUUCAAGAGCAUCAUCCACGCCGGAUUUGGUUUCUGCUCAGUUGUAUUUGGCUGGGACAUGCAUGAUCAGACAUACUUCAAAGAAUUGUCGAUAUCUAACCAAGAGAACGGAUAUCACGACAUAAUUGCGAAAGUCGACCUCAAAACAUUUCGACGAAUCCCAUGGGAAAACAACGUUCCUUUCUUUUUGGUCAGUUUCUAUGAUCCAGAUACAGAUGAACCAAUCGCACCUUGUCCAAGAGGGCUUCUGAAAUCUGCAUUGGCAAAGUUUGAGAAGGAUAACAUGGGAGCAAUGGCUGGAGCGGAAUACGAGUUUUACCAGUUUUCGGCAUCACCAGAUAAUAUCAGAUCGGAAAAGCCGGAAUCAAUUCCCUCCAUUACACCCGGAAUGUUUGGGUAUUCCCUGACACGUCCUGUCCUCUUCCAGGAAUACUACUAUGGCGUUUACGAUACCUGUAAAGCCUUCAAUGUGCCACUCGAAGGCUGGCACACAGAAUCAGGACCUGGUGUAUAUGAGGCGGCAUUAGCAUUCACAGAUGUUGCAGAAAUGGCCGAUAGAGCAUCUCUAUUCAAGCUGACUGUCAAGGCUCUGGGCGCAAAGAACGGAAUAACACCCUGCUUUAUGGCGAAGCCAAAACAGGGGCUGCCCGGAAACUCCGGCCACCUUCAUGUUUCCAUUGUUGAUAAACAAACUGGAAAGAAUUUAUUUGCCAGAGAAGAGAAGGAUCCUAAUCCCCCAUAUCCAGAUGUCGCAUAUGUCUCAGAUCUUGGUCGACAUUUCCUCGCCGGGGUUCUCGAGGGAUUGCCGUACAUGAUGCCCCUAUUCGCUCCAACCAUUAACUCAUACAAGCGUUUGGUAGAGAAUUUUUGGGCCCCAGUAACGGUUUCAUGGGGUCUGGAGCAUCGUGCAGCGUCAAUCCGACUUAUAACCCCGCCCACAGCAUCGCCUAAGGCGACAAGACUGGAAGUUCGAGUCCCAGGUGCUGAUUGCAAUCCGCAUUUUGCUCUAGCAGCUAUCUUAGCUUGUGGAUAUAGGGGAAUUGAGAAGAAGUUAGAACUUACCACACCACCCCUUGGAAAAACACAGCCAAGCGGUGGUGAGAGACUGGCGAAAUCUUUACAGGCCGCUACUGCAAAAUUCAUGGAGAAGGGCAGCAUUGCAAGAGAGGUCCUAGGAGAUGCGUUUGUUGAACAUUUCGGAGGGACCAGAGAACAUGAGUGUCGACAAUGGGAAGAAGCAGUUACGGAUUGGUGA